GGAGCACGAGGCUUUGCGGAUUAAUAAGGUGACGAUUCAUGCGAAUCCGUUUGCUGGGUGAGCUGCUUUGAAGACCGAGGUUUACGUUAAUGAGGACGAAGUCGUCGGGAUAUAAUAUGACACGAUGGCAAGCUGGAGCAUGGUAUAGAAGACGCCAAUCUAACCUGCAGUGCCUUGCGGUCACCCUAGCGCUCUGUCAGCUGGGAUUACCUCUUAUUGAUGGGAAUCCCUUCAGCACGCCCAUAUCAAGACUCGAAUUACGGAUGGUCUACAGACGGUGGUUAGACAGAAGCCGACCAGGCCGCGGCUGCACGUCGUUGAAAUGAGCUUGCUUAACUAUGUAAAUAGACAAAUGUAUGUAUAUUCCUGCUAUACCAUCCUUGCUCAAUAUGUCCAAUUCAAAGUACUAUUGUGAUUGUAU